AUGACAAGACUGACAUCCAAACUAAACUUUUUGAAGGAUCGCCGUAGUCAGUUUACAAAUGAACUCCAAAACAUGAAUAAAGGAAAGGGAUUCGAACUUCAGCUACCACCUCCAUCUCCAAACAAGUCUCGAGGAUUUGACUUUCACAUAUCACUUAGAUCCCCAAGGUCUCGAGGAAACGAACAUCAGUCGCCACAUCUAUCCCCCAAUAAGUCUCGAGGGUGUGAUUUUUACAUACCUCUUUUAACUCCUAGUAGGUCUCGGGGAUCUGAAAAUCAUUCUCCAUCAAUCUCUGAGAAAGUUAGAGGCAAUGAAGAUCAUUCACUUCGAUAUUCAGAGAAACCAAGAAAAUCAGAUAGCCAGCUUUGUCAUUCUCCAUCAAUCUCUGAGAAUGUUAGAGGCAAUGAAGAUCACUCACUUCGAUAUGAGAAACCGAGAAAAUCAGAUAGCCAGCAAUAUCAUUCUCCAUAUUACUCAGAUAGUCAGAAUGAAUUUUCACAACAAUACUUAAAAAGAGGAAGGUCGGCAAGGCAUAAUGUUGAUUAA